CGCCGCGUCUAUGUCGGCAAUCUGUCUUACGACGUCAAAUGGCACCAUCUGAAGGACUUCAUGCGACAAGCUGGUGAAGUUCUCUUCGCAGACGUGCUGUUGCUUCCGAACGGAAUGUCGAAGGUAAUGAAAAAUGGCUGGUCUUGAUCGUGAGAAGGAUGGAGGUUGACUGGCUUUUGCUUGGGUGUAGGGCUGUGGCAUCGUGGAGUAUGCAACUCAGGAGCAGGCGCAGAACGCCGUGGCGACGCUCAGCAACCAGAAUUUGAUGGGACGACUCGUAUACGUUCGCGAAGACCGAGAGGCCGAGCCUCGUUUCAGCAACCCCAGCACCUCGCGCGGAGGAUUCGAAGGCGGAAUGGGCGGCGGCCCUCGUGGCGGGUUUGGAGGGAACUUUGGCGGUCCCUAUGGCGGCCCUCCUGGUGGAGGCGCUGCUGGAGGUGGCAGGCAGGUCUACGUCGCCAACCUCCCCUACAACGUUGGAUGGCAAGACCUUAAGGAUCUCUUCCGUCAAGCUGCGCACACCGGCUCCGUGCUGCGUGCGGACGUGCACAUGGCUCCCGACGGUCGUCCCAAGGGCUCAGGUAUCGUCGCAUUCGAAACCGCCGACGACGCAAAGAACGCCAUCAAUCAGUUCAACGGCUAUGAGUGGCAGGGUCGCAACCUUGAGGUCCGCGAAGAUCGUUUUGCUGGUGCUCCCGCGUUUGGUGGUCGUGGCGGUUUCGGUGGUGGUUUCGGUGGACGAGGUGGCUUUGGCGCUCGCGGUGGGUUUGGUGGGCGCGGCGGCUUCGGAGGCGGCUUCGGCGGACGUGGUGGGUUUGGUGGAGGAGGCUUCGGUGGUGGACCGGGUGGCCCACCAGGCGCGGGUGCAGGCUUCGACUCCAACGGUCCCUCGAACCCACCCAACCCCUUCACGGACUUUGCUACUGGCGGUGGAGAGCCUAGCAACGUGAUUCACGUGCGCAAUCUGCCAUGGUCGACAAGCAACGAAGAUCUCGUGGAGCUCUUCACUACAAUCGGCAAGGUCGAGCGCGCUGAAAUCCAGUACGAACCCAACGGACGCUCUCGUGGCAGCGGUGUUGUCGAGUUUGAGAAGGCGACGGAUGCGGACACAGCAAUUUCCAAAUUCACCGGCUACCAAUAUGGUGGCAGACCUCUUGGGUUGGCAUACGUCAAGUACACCAACCAGAGCAACGGCGAUGCCAUGGAGGGUACCGAGCACACGGGUGGCUUGACCCAGGAUCAGAUCAUGUAAAGAUGAUCCAGGACUGAAGGCGUUUUCAAGUUUUUUCCACAGCUUAGUUGUGUCAGGGUCAUGUUGCGCACAUGUACAAUUCCUCCGUGAAACUGGAAUCUGGAGGAGCGGGAUUUGCGCAACGAAGGAAAUUGUCAUGGAGGUCAUCUGGCCUAAAAGUUUCCUAUUGUAGUGUAAAAGGCGAGGUCUUGGAAUUAAUAUGCGAGAUCAAAAGGCAGCCAACAUGAGACCCAUGUUGAUCGUGCACUCUAUUCUAAUAUGCG